GUGUUACCUUGCUGUAAUGUUCUUCGCUCGCGCUUGGCUCGUACGUCGUUCGGCUCGCUGGUCGUUUGCGGCGACCGCUUCGUUCGUCUGCUGGUUGGCUGCAUUUCAUAGUAAAAUUCGAAAUUCAGUGUUGCCGGGAUAUUGAAGCGAUUUGGUGUCGUUGACGGGUUCUUCGUUGCACGCGUCAUACGUACAACGGUACAAUCAGCAAACAAACGCGAUAUAUUUUUUUGUUCUUUAUUUUGGUGGCGAAGCCAAGUUGUAGCGCAGACGAAAUUGUAGCAAGCAAACUUAAAGCACACGAAUACGUUUACAGCUUGAGUAGAAGUCCCAGUGGCACGCAUAGGUCGGCGCGGUUUCAAUGAAAGGUUCGUUUGGCGAAGGAGCGGUCGUCGUUGCGUGCGUGAAUUAACCCGGUUGUGGCACGAUAGAAAUUUGCGAGCUAAGCUGUUUAGUGUGCGUUGUCGCAGAAAAUUUAAGUGCAACAAACAAGUGAGUGCAAAUUCGCAAACAUUACAACAAACACACACACAUACAUAAAGUGGGCAAGUUAAGCCGAGUGUUGUGAAAAUGCCAGCAGAACUUUUCGAAUGAAAUUAUGUCAAACAGAAAAAUGUGUAGUAAAUGCUAGUGCAACAACAACUUAUUAAAUACAACAAGUGCUCCGCUGGCUUUAGCUAGAAAUCGAAUAAAAAUUCACAGAAAAAAGUGAUUUCCGGUGAAAUUUGAAAUGAUUUUUGCAAACACGCAGCGUCUGUGGCAAGUCGACACGCAGCAGUCGUGAAUGUAAAUUGUGCCAAUGUGUAUGCCAGGGUCCUUAAUAAUCCUUGAAGUAUUAUAAAAGUAUAACAACUUACUGAAAAAAAUUCCAAAGCGCACUUUAAGGCGCAAGAGCGUACAUACAAAUAUUUAGAAGCGAAAAAGGAAUAAAAAAAAUUUCGACUGUCAAAACGCUAAAGCCCGUGUGUGUACCGUUUCAAAUUUGCCAACAUUUCCGCGCACAAAUACUAGCAGCAACACACACACACACAUCCGCAUAUUCGUACAUACAAAAGCUUAGAGCACAAAUGUACACACACCCACACACACAUACAAAACAAAUCGAACUUAUUCGCUGUGUGUUGGAUAUGUGCGUCUAAAAGGUUAAAAGAGGAUUACCAGCGAAUGUCAAGCUCUAAUGCGAAUGAAAAAAUGUCUAAAAAUGUUUUCGAGUGAAAAGCGAAACAGUGCAAAUAACAAUAUUAUAUUUCCGAUACAACAACAACACAUUUAAAGCAAGCGGAAACGCGAAAAUUUCUAACUGGAAUUUCUUGCGAAGUGCUUACACCCACAGUUGGAGGGUUAAACUGACAAGAAACUUCAUACAACGGUAAAACUUAAAUUUCAACAUUUCAGUGUGCCGUGAGUUUAUCACUCUAUAUCUAACGCAACUGACUCCAUUUUGCAAGCAGACAAAAAGUGAAAUUAAUGCACACAAACGCGCACAUACAUUUUCGCGAUAUCUGAGAGAAAAUAGUGAAAUUAGUGUUGGAAAAUGUGUAAAAAACGUGCUGCAGCAGCGAUCCUGCUGUUAGUGCUGACCAUAAUUGGCAGUUAUACAACACAGGGUGAGCAACAUCCAGCGACGGCGGAUGAAGGUCCGCUAUCAGAGGUGCAAACAGCUGUGGGGCUGGAGGUGGCGCUACCAUGUGACCUAUUGCCGGGCACAAUGACGGCUGAUAAGGUGCAACUAGUCAUCUGGUAUCGGCAGGGCAAUGUCAAGCCAAUUUAUACUUUUGAUGCGCGCGGCCGUCCACUACAUCAGGCCAUACCUUGGGCGGACGAGAAUGUCCUCAAGAACAAAGCGCACUUCUACUACGACGCAAAUCCGCCGGCGCUGCGCAUUAAGAACAUACAACUCAGCGAUGCGGGCCUCUAUAAGUGUCGUGUGGACUUUCAUAAAUCACCGACGCGCAAUUGGCGCAUUAAUGUGACAGUUUUAGUGCCGCCCACACGCUUAACAAUACUGGAUCACAACGGCGCUGAAAUACGCGACCAAUUGGCCGGUCCCUACUUGGAGGGCGACAGCGUUAAUCUGACGUGCCUGUCCAGCGGUGGUGUGCCACCGCCGCGCGUCUCCUGGUGGCGCGAACACGCGCUCGUCGACGACUCGUUUCAUGUGCAGCCAGAUGGCACCGUUCGCAAUAUACUACACUUGAAAAAUAUCGCACGGAAGGAUUUACUAACGGUUUACACGUGCCAAGCGAGCAACGGACAUGUUGUGGCGGCUCUGACGAAGAAAGUUGUGCUGGACAUGAACUUACCGCCACUAAGCUUGCUGCUGCAAGGUUUAAAUCACGCGCUCAUCGCUGGCACGCGUACACAUGUGACCUGCACCGCGGUCGGCGCACGACCAGCGCCACAAAUUGUGUGGAAAAAAUCAGGACAGGUGCUCAAGGGCGCAACACAGUCGACUUCCAGCGAUGGCAAUACCACCGUCUCCGAGCUGAUGCUUAUACCGGUGCCCGAGGACAACGAGCGUCAAGUAGUCUGCUCCAUUUCAUUAAAUCCAUCUAUAACCUCGCAGCAGCUGCAUGAGGGCGAUACGACCGUGUUGACGGCACAGAGCAAUGGCAAUAUGGGAUUGUAUUUGAAGGAUUCGCGCGUGCUAAAUGUGACACACGCACCCAUUGUCUCACUGCGCUUGGGCGCACCUCUGGAUCCGAACAACCUGCUGAAGGGCUCCGAUGUUUACUUGGAGUGCGAUGUAAAGGCGAAUCCAGGCAUAACCCGGGUCGAGUGGUAUCACAAUGACAAACAGCUGCAUCUUUCCCGCGGCGUUAUCAUCUCCAAUCAGACGCUCGUGCUGCAAGGAAUUUCGAAAAUAUCACACGGCCAGUACUUCUGUCGUGCCACUAAUAUACAAGGGAGCGUGUCCAGCAAUGAAGUAUAUUUGGAUGUGAAAUAUCCGCCCGUAUGCAAAGCCGAGUCGACAACCAUACGCGCCGCCCUCAAACAGACCAUCAACAUUACGUGUCAAGUGGACUCGAAUCCACUUGAUAAUCUAAAUUACAGAUGGCAUUUCAACAAUUCACUAGAGAGGCUCAUCGAAUUGCCCGCAACGAUGGCGACGGCCUCGGCCGCUAUGCCGUUACUGCAGUAUCCGGAUGUUGGUGCAGCUGGAGGGCACACAUCCGGCGGAUAUUAUCAGCGUAGCAAGCGGAAGCAUGGUCAUGCGCAAAAAUUUCUGCUCGGCCGGCAUGGACGUGUUGCGGCGGCCGCCAGUGUAUUGGGCAGCGGCAACGGCGGCGGAAGCGCUUGGUCCAACAUUCGUUUCGAAGAUGUCGACGAACAGCAAAUGCCGCCCCACCAAUAUGUCGAUGAGUACGAUGAUGGUGAAUUUUUUGAAAACAGUAACAGCAACAACAACGAAAAUGACAACAACGACAACGCGGACGAGGAGCUGGUCGACGAUAUGGUCGCUAGCGCGCCGCAUACCCAAAUGGUUUAUUCGAAUAUGAUUUAUAAAAAUCAUUUGGAUAACCGACAACAACAACAGCAACAAUUGCUGCAGCCGCAACAUGUACAGCACACACACCAACAACAACAGCAACAGCAGCAAUAUUCGGCGCACCAACAUCCACAGCAGGGCCGCAUGGCUGGCGGCAUCGGUGGUGGGCUGGUGGGUGGCGUCGCUCAUGACAUGCUCCCGCAUGGCAAUCAAUUUCAGUUGGCCGAACGCAAACGGCUAACGGCAGCGCUACACAAAAAACAACAUCAUCGUCCAAUGGCCGGUGUGUCGAUGACCACUCAACCACCACCGGCGCCACCGCUAAACAACGUCUACAGCUACCACAUAGAUUCGUACGAUAGUUUCGGUGCAAUCUCGUGCGUGGCCAGCAAUGCUAUGGGCCAAAGCGAGCCCUGUUGGUAUCACAUACAGCCGGCAGACUUUCCCGAUCCGGUGAAGAACUGCACGGCCUACAAUGCCACCGCCAACUCCAUACAAAUUCAGUGCAUCGCCGGCUAUGACGGUGGCAUACCGCAGCACUUUCACGUGCAAAUCAAGGACGAACUCACCAAUCAAAUACUCUACAACACUUCCUACAAGUAUGCCGAGUUCACCGUCAAGCGGCUGCCAAGCGAUUCGGUCUUCGUGAUACGCGUAACGGCCGUGAACGCGCAAGGACCGAGCAAAGUGUCAUUCCGCGUGCGCGGACGUACACUCUCCGCACCGCUGCUACGCACCGCCUCAUCCACCGCUGUGUUGGUGCAGCUGACACCACUGCUCGGCGCCUUGCUGGGCAUUGUCGCCACAGUCGUAUUGAUCGCUAUCUGCAUUGUGAUUUUCCUACGUGUACGUCCGAAGGCGACGCGACGUCCGAAUGGCGAUACCACUACCACGGAGGCGGACAAGGGCAGCGCCGAGCCGCUAUCGCGUAACAUGGGCAGUCAUUCGAGCUUGGAGGACAAAAAUCCCGAUGUUGUGCCGCAGGAGACAAACAGCGAGGAUGAAUUUCACUUGGAGGAGAAGGCGUUCGAUCGGCUGAACAUUGAGUCGCAGCGCAUACUUUACACGCCACCGACGCGCAUUAAUACGGCGUCGCCGCCACCGCCUUCGCUGUCGCCCACAUUUGGCAAACAGUAUGGCGAACUCUCGCUCACCACCAAUCCCGCCUUCAGCCUCUACAACACGCCACAGCGCGCGCCCGCCGCGCAACGCCCAGUCUACACCGCGCCACCACCGCUGCUCUCUACACGCACGCCACCCAACAUCUACACACGCAUACCGGGACGCUCCUACCUGCCCGCUUACGAGACGCGCACCUCACCCACUUCGCCCUAUGGCUCGACCACCACCUGCACCAUACCGCUGCUCAGCGGCCAAUCCAACGGCUCUCUACAAACAAACAGCAGCACCCUGGGUAGCAAUUCAGGCGGCGGCGGCAUGGGCGGUGGCAGCCUCAACAGCAACGCCAGCAGCGGCAUGCACUGUAACACAUUGCCACAUCCGGGCGCUUUGCAGCAUCACGCCUCUGCGGCCGCAGCUGCCGCGGCGGUGGCGUCCAUGACGACAAAUGGCAUGCCCACAGCGCUCACCUCAUCGAUGACAUCGGGGAAUAUUAGUCUGGCUGCAACGCAAUCGCUGCUCACAUCGCCGCGCACGCACAACGGCGCCAACAUCGCUGGAACUGGUGGCGGCAGCGGCGCGCUCUCACUAGCCGGCAUGAGCAUGGGCAUGCCAGCGACUACAACGGCAACUACGGGCGUCAUGCCGUUACUCAACUCAUCGUCCGCUUUGCUGGGCAGCGGCAAUUAUGAGACAGUGGCCUCCUGAGAAUUACCGAAAGAUGACAUUAAGUGUCAAUUUGUAUGCAUAGGUGGGAGUAGUACGUGUACCAGCAACGCGGAGCGCACCACAAUCGUCUAGUGAGACGAGCGUACCCAAAUGGAGAUGCGGAAGCGUUGGAGAAAGUGCCGAUUUGUGGGCAUUGUGUAAAUUCCUUGUAAUUUAAAUACUUAGCAAUAAGGCAGCUGAAGUAGGUUCACUUGUGGCAAAACGAACGCAGCGCAAGUAGCGAAAGCAAGUGUGGUGAGUUUUGAACGUGUAAUUUAACUUUGACUUACUUUCAAAAAAUAUAUGUGUGCUUAGAAACAAUUUUUUGAAGCAGAAAAAAUUUUCAGUUUCUAAACUUUUAAUGAACUACUUGCACAAAGUACCUUAAGUAACUGUUAAAAUAUUUUGCAAACAGUUUUUAAAAAGAAAAUUUAUAUAUUUACAGUAAUUAUUUUCUUGUCAGUUUGCACAAAUGAGUUUCUAAAUUUAUUUUUAGUACAAAAGUCUGCAGAAAUGCAAGAAAACGGCGAGAAUUUUGCAAAGUGAACAAACAUAUAUAAGACUUCCAAAUGUAAUGCGUAGUUAAGUUAUUGUAGAAUCACUUAGUGGGAUAUAUGAAUGUAUGUGUGUACUGUAAAUCAUAAAUUGUAAUUUAGAUCGAGCUAUCUAAACUACAGCUGAGGGCAAUGCAUUUAUAAAACAAGUACCUUUGCGCAAAUCAUAUAUAAAUAUCUAUCUGUGUAUAAAAGCGUCUGCAAAAAAAACUUAGAAAUGUUUGUAAGCUUGAGUACAGCUUACGGUGUCGCUGUUAUGUAUGCCUGCGCUAGGAUAGCGCAGUUAAAAGCUCGCUUCUUACAUACCUUAGAAAAAAAGACACAAUAUGAUUGAACCAAGACUAAGUGAUCCAAGUGAUUCUUUUGCCGUUUACUUAAGUUGUGUUUAUGAUAUUUCUUGUAGGCUCUGUAUUAUACUAGUUUUUUAUCUUCGCGCCAAAAUGUAGGCAACAAUUUUUACCUUGAUUGAAUUCUUAUUAGUUAAUUUGCUUAACAAUUUUCUUAUUUAUUUAGUUGUUUCCUUUAAUUUUAUAAUUUUUUUAAAUUUCUAAAAACAUUUUUUUAAUUUAUUUUUUUGUUUAACGAUUUUAUAUUUUGCUCAAAAAUUUUUUAAUUUUUUCUUUUUAAAUUUUUUUUUUUGAGAAAUUUUUAUAUAAUAUUUGAAAUUUUUUUAUAUCUUUUUAAAAUUUUUUUUUAAACUUUAUUUAUAUAAAUUUUUUUUAAAUUUUAUUUAUAUCUUUUUUUUAAAUUUUUUUUUUGAAUUUUAUUUAUAUAAAUUUUUUUAUUUAAUUUUUUUCAAUUAAAAAAUAGAAUAUAUUAAAAGUUUUUGAGCAAAAAUUUAAAUUAGUUAAUGUUACUGAAAAUAUUUUCUUUUAAUUUUUAAAUAAUAUUUUAAUAUUAUUUUCUUUAAUUUUUAAAAUAGAAUUUUUGUUCUUUCCAUAACGAUAAGCUGUAGCGAGAGCACAUAGCAGCGAAAUCACUUUGUAUGACGAAGUUUACAAACAAUUUACAAGCAGAAUUUAACGCUAAAUGUAAAGCAAAGCCAUAAAUAAUAUAUGUGUGUAUAUAAACAAAACUGCAAAAGUCUCUUUUAGUUAGUAGCAUAUUCUGCAAAAUUAUAAAGUAUUAGUGGUGGCUAACAUUUACAGAAUAUCUUAAGUUCUCAACAAAUUUCAAAACCAUUAAAUGUAACAAGUUUGCACGAAGUAAAGCAAACUUGCAAAAAAAUCGAUUGAAUAAUGAGAGAUUUGAAAACAAUCGGCUCUGACCAAAACAGCCAAAAGUAUUUCAGCGCCCCACUACUGCUAUAUAAAUAGCAUAUAUAAUGUAUAUAAUAUCUAUAAAGUCUUUCAUAUACAUAGCGUACAACACAUACAAUAUAAUAUAAUAUAAAGUAAGCAUGAUCGAGGUGAAGACCUUUAGUUAGCCACAUUGAACGAAGUUACAACAUAACAGAAAAGACUAAAGCUUGCGCGAAUACUAUGUACUACAACAAAUACAUACAAAAAUUAAACUAAAGCAUAUAUUAAAAAAAAAAAAGAAACACUAACUAAGUAAGUGCAUAAAUAAGCAAACAACAAACACGUAAUGUAAAAACUGUGCUGCAUUCUAAAAACAGAAGAAAUUCAAUGAAAAAGUGUUAGAAAAUAUUUUGAUUUUGUAUAUGUAAAAAUCAUUCUAUAUAGUCCAUAUGUUAUAUAGUAUAACAGUAGCUAAAGAGAAAUUCUUUUCAUUUACAUUCGAUAGCUGAAAAUUAAUGUGGAAAAAAUCACAGUGAAUAAACUUAAAACUAAAUUUAAAUGCAAUUUAAAAUAUAUACGCUAAAAAAUUAACAAAAAUAUAUAUAUACAUACAUACAUGGUAUAUGUUUAACUAAAAGCUGAUAAAAAUCAACUAAAUGAAAUACAAACAAAUCAAAUAAUCCUUUCUCCCGCCCACAAAAAUUGUAACUCAAUGAAUUUUUCUACCUACAAACCAAAAA